AUGUCAUACAUUUGCCCAAGCACUCUAGGACUCGCCCCUUGUGCUCAGCUACUGUUCCGCACAGAGAACCUUCGCGAGCUUCAAAUCUACAAGCUCGAGGGGCUACUCCAACAUGAACCUCGCUAUGGCGAUGCGAUACUGGCCCUCAAACAUCUCGUCAGCGUAAAGUUCACGGGCGCGGGUCCACUUGCGCUCAACCUCAUCAGCCGCCUGAGUAGCUCAGUGCGCAAUGUCGUGCUAUUCUUAGAGCCUGGCACGAUGACUUGGCACGAUCUGCUCUCUCAGUUCCGCCCCACCCCCAACGUCCAAAAGCUCGAGCUCUGCCAUGUCCGGUGGUUGCCGUCCGAAGAAGAUGUCUUCUCGGGACCACUCCCUCAGCCUCGCAAAGGCGACGGAAUCACAGCGUGCUGGCCUAACGUGCGCACUCUCAAUCUACUACGCGGCGCCGUGCCCAUGCACAUAUGUGCACGCGUGUUUCCGGGCCUGCGCAACCUCGCUGUGUCAGAGAAAUCAUUGUGGACGACGUCCUGUGACAACUCCAACUGGCAAGUCCUCGAUCGCGUCUCGACGAUCCCGAGGUCGCUGCUCCCCACCACCAUUCGUUCCGUCCAUCACCUCCGGCUCUUGCUAGUGGAGUAUACUGAGAACUUGCUCCUGUCUAUAGAGAAGGUCUCUCCCGCAAUUCUUUCUCUGAGGUCUGACUCGGCGAUAGACCAUUCAUUUUGGACGUCGCUUAUGCAGCGUGCGCCGAAUCUGCGAUGCCUUGAUGUCGUCGUGGAAUGCGACAGCGAAAGACAGGAAACACCGGAGGAUUACUUGCUGUGGCUGCUUGACCUUGCGAACGCUCUCGCCGCAACGAGAGUGAUGUGCGUCAGAAUCCGCUUUAACAAAGCCGAGGGCUGGGAUGUCGCACCCUUGCGAGCGCAUCUUUCCCGCUUUAUUGCGACGGCGAAACCCGUCCGCUACCUGUCGGCUGAAUGCGGUAGCGUGGUAUUUCGAGGCCAUGAAGAUGAUCUGUGUGGCUGGCGCCGUUGGUGGCGCGCCCAGAACACGCCGGGUGGCAGGGUGCUCAAGGAUAUGUCGUUUGAAGUCGGCGAGGAACUGUUGGAAAAACUUUGCGAUGCUCGAUUGUUCAAGACGAUGGACCUCGACGAGCCCAUGGACAAAGGAAAUUAG